CAUGACAUGUCUUUUCGGCUCUCGCCUCGCCGCCCACCUUGCGCUGGCGGCAGUGAGCUCCGCCACUCGUCUUCCUAUAAGGUCCAGUCCUCGAUGCUUGCGUAGUACGCGGCAGGACCACUUCUCCCAAAGAAGCACGAUCAGAGGGAGUCCGAGAGAGGAGAGAGGGAGGUGAGAUGGAGAGGGAGAGGGGGGUUGUUGAGCAGCCGCCGGCGAAGCGCAUGAGGCUGGAGGUGCCGGUUAGGGACGGGGUCGGCGGCGGUGGCGGCGUGUUGUCGCCGAGGAGCCUGACGCUGCGGCAGAUCCUGCUGGUGGUGCUCUUCCUUGUGCGAGCGAGCGCGAGGGUAACGGUGACGGCCAGCGUCUCCCAGAUCGGUGUCACGCUCGAUCGCACCUUGCGCAAGUAUGUUGAGGUGUUUUCUAGCAAGCUGGACAGCUUCCAGAGGCAGGUUGACGGCAAACUGAAAGCUUUCCAAGGGCAGGUUGAGAGCAAACUGGAAACUUUUCAUGGGCAGAUUGAGGGUCUCCACCAAGAAGUGAGACAACUGGCUCGUCUGCAUUCCAAUCACCAUCCUGAACGACACACCAGAUUAGAGCCAAACCAGGAGCAUGCUGCUUCCAGUGGAUCAAACACAAAUAUCCAUCUGCGUUUCCGGAACAAAUGGAAGGCACCCAUUUACACGGAUAAGGACAUAACAGAUGAGAACAAAGUGGUAAUCAAAGUUGAGGUGUUCGAAGGUGACAAGAUGAUCACAACCGGUCCUCUUUCCAAGGCGAAAAUUGAGAUAUUGGUUCUCCAUGGCAGCUUCUAUAAAAAAUUCCAUGACAAUUGGACUGAAGAGGAGUUUGAUAAGCACACCGUGCAAGGUCGAGAUGGGCAAAUGCUUGUGCUGGGAACUGUGCAGUUGACCAAUGGAGAGGUAGAGCUUAGCCAGAUCCAUUUCAAGGAAGGUUCAUGCAGGAAGAAGUUCAGCAUGGCGGCAAGAUUUUGCAAGACCGAAAAGAUUGCUGGUCGGGUUCGGGAAGCAAUCAUGGAGCCUGUCGAGGUUAAGGAUCGCAGAAAUGAGUCAAAUGAGAAGAGUAAAUCUCCAAGAUUAGAUGAUGCUGUCUAUCGCAUAGAGGCUAUUGCCAGAGAUGGAGCUUACCACAAGAGGCUUCAGGAGGCAAACAUCCACACAGUGCAGGACUUCUUGAAGGCCUUGAACAAGGAUUCCGAAGAGCUUUAUAAAAUCCUAAAGAUGAAAAAGAAGGGCAAGUCUUGGUCAAAAAUGACAGGGCAUGCUAGGAAGCGUGUUCUAGAAGACAGGCAUGAGCUCAAAGCGUAUCAGACUGAAGAUGGGACUUUGAUGCUCUUUUUCAAUUGCGUGCAUGAUCUUGUUGGAGCAAGAUUUGGUAGUCGUUACAUCGCCUGUGAACAAUUUGACAUAAAUCACAAGGCUUCAGUGAAGAGGUUGAAAGAGCAUGUGUACAACAGAUUGGAGGACAUUCCUUACGAUUAUGUAAUGAAAGGCAAUGCUCCUGAGCGAAUUUCUUUAGGCACUGGUGGUGCUGCUGGCCCGUCUGUUGUAUCAGUGGACGCAAGGCAACCAAAUUCUAUUGCUAAUAACCUUGAGGCUUAUCAAGAUCACCAAGUGGACGCAAGGCAACCAAAUUCUAUUGCUAAUAACCUUGAGGCUUAUCAAGGUUACCCAGGAGCUGGAGCACCUGAAAAUUGUCCCAGCGAUGUUUUCAACCCUGUUACUGAGCCGAUUGACACAUAUGCGUAUGGUCCCAUGUACACUGAUCCUCGAAACACAUAUGAUUGCCAAGGUCAAGGAAUUCCACCACCUUUUCAGGAGCAGACAACUCUGCUUUCAGUUGGGCCUGACUGGCAACAAAAUGCACAAGUCCCCACGAAUUCUCCUGACCUGUUUGAGGAGUUCAACCUCUGCUCAAUCCAACAUUGAAUCGCAUCACCUUCGUCAACCCCAUCAAAUGGCGCCUGCUGCUCCACAAGCAUGGACUCCAGCGCAACCAUCGUUCCCUGAGCAAGCUUACGGACCCAGCUGCCCUCUGUUUCCAGGAUCAGGCCACGGCAACGACUGGUAGUGACUAGUGAGCGGAGCACAGAGGCCCUGGACACUGCAGUUUAAGGCUGUAAAUAGCAAUGUUUCCUAGUUUGUAAUUGUAUAUUGUUGAUGUUUAUCAGUUUGUGUAAUAUGUGCAUUCCUUUUUAACUGUUUGUACAAACAUGAUGUACAUGUGUUUGUACUAGUAUGGUGUACAGGUGUUGCUGAUAGGUUGUAUAUAUUUCGUGUAAAUUUGCAAAUGUACAUGCGUUAGUGUUUGCUAGUAGAAACAAAAUCCUGUAUUUUGCAAUGACACUAUUUUUCUAAAGGAGUACAAUUCAUACUAGACUGAAAA